AUGGGAAGGAGAUGGGUGGACGAACUCCCCAGCGUGAUGUCGGUGAUCUGCACGAUCCCCAAAGAAGGAAUGAGAGCAACCCCCUUUCACUUGGUAUACGGAGGCGAAACGGUCCUCCCCGUUGAAGUUGGAGUAGAGUCCGACCGGAUACAUCACUAUGACGAGGAUAACGCCGAGCGGAGACUCCUGGAGCUGGACUUGGUCAACGAGGCAUGGCUUAUGGCUUACCGACAGAGGAUGAGGCAGACCUACAAUCGAAGGGUGAUCCCAAGAUCAUUUCAGGUCGGCGACUUUGUGUGGAAGAAGGUAAAGGUGGUCGGUGAUGUCACCAAGUUGGAAGCUCUAUGGGUCGGACCCUUUAGGAUCGUGGAAAAGCUCCGCUCGGGCACCUACUACCUAGAGGAUGAGGGCGGACGACGAUUAGAAUGUCCGUGGAGCGUGAACCAUCUCUAG